CCCUACCUGGCGUGUGCCGUGCGCUGGCUCCCUGGCUCCACCGGCUCUACUGACCGAAGACUGUCGGGGGUAGCCGCCGCGCACGCGACCUUUACGUUGUGCGUGAGGCGAAGGAAGUAUGGCGAAAGUGCGCUGAAUCGUGUUCACAGUUAUACCGUGAAACGAAACAGCUAGGUGUGGAAUUGACUACGGCUGAAUUGUGAGUGUAUAUCAGCAUUGAGCUGCAACGGGCGCAUUCGCAUCGUUCGCCACUUCACAGCCAUCGUCUUUCUCGCAGUACACGGAGGCACGGGGCUGUGGCAACAUGGAUUUUCGCGAAACUGUUGAGAAGAAGAUGCUUAAAGCUCAAGAACUGGUAAAUGAAAUUGAAACAAGCUGGAAGUGCCUGCAAAGUAACUGCGAAACUCUCAAGGAUGACAUAGAUGCUGCUUGCAACCAGCAGAUAGCUGCUGUUUGUCAACGAAAGGACCAAUUGUGCCACCAAGUUGAAUUGCUGGCUGCUGAACAGGAGAGGCAACUUCAGGCAGAUUUGGCCAAGUUGCACCAAUAUCAAGGCAGCCUGCUGUCAGUACUUCAGCUCUAUGCUGCUGGCACGCUAAAGAAUGAUGAAAAUGCCUUCACCUGUCUUCAAGCCCUUGAGCUGCCAAAUGUGACAACAGGAGUGCCGCAGCUGCACUUUGCCAAAACUGGGGAGAAAGAGCUGGAAAAGGCAGUGCGGGGCUUUGGCUGUGCCAAGCUUCACCGUGCCUGUGCACUAGUUGGCAACUUCAGGGAGAGCCAAACCAGUCUUUUCAGUGGGGAAUGUUCAAAAGUCUCGGAAUCAAAUGAACCUUGGCUGCUAUGUGACAUGGAUAACUGCAGUGGUGAGGAUGAAGUGGUGGCCGCCUCCUUGCCAAAGUCCCUCUCGGCGACAUCGAGUUCCAUUGAAGCAGUGUCAAUGGAUGAGGACGACACAGCUGGCACAUUUCAUAAGCUGGUGGAAGACCACCCUAAAGGUAAUGCUAUGGUGGAUUUGGAGCAAGACCAAUCAUCUUGGCUUCUGCCGAACAAUGAAUACACUGGGAAGAGUGAACUUCUCAAACUGACAAGAACAUUUAGUGAAAUGAAGACAUCAGACAUCCAAAAUGGAGAGACUAACUGGCUACUUCUACCAAAGGAUUUUGAUACUUGCAAAAAUGAUUUGGUCAUGAGCAAGACAUCUGAUGUGAACUCCGAGUGGCUUUUUACUAGUAAAGUCAGCCCUAUGCUGACAAGCUGGUCAUACACAACGAAAAUAAGAGAAAUGUUUAAACCUUACUUUGACCAUAGAAACAACAGUAUCUGGGUAGCAAAUACACCAUAAUUUUUAUACAUAAUAGAUAAUGGGAAGGAAAUAAAGUUUUAUGCCAACUUUGCUGUUAUAUUUCUA